ACGUCACGAUUUCCGGGUCGCUGAGGCCGCCUCUGGCGGCGCAGGCAUAGGUACUGUCUGGUGUCCGGUCUAUGGAGUCAGUUGGUGCUGCCGGCGGAGCGGGGGCAGGAGGCGGUGUUCGAGUGGGGGCUUCUGACCCGCCAGGAUGUUACCGGGCUUGGCCGCCGCCACUGCGGCCCACAGAUGUAGCUGGUCUUCCCUGUGCCGGCUCCGUCUGUGCUGCAGGGCGGCGGCCCGCGGCUCUAGCGACCGUCAGGAAUGGCAGAAUUUAGUGACACUUGGAAGCUUUUCAAACAUGGUUCCCUGUAGUCACCCAUAUGUUUAUACACUGAGUCGUCAAGUAAAGUUGUAUUCCACAAAUGUUCAGAAAGAAGGACGGGGAUCACAAACUCUCAGAGUGGAAAAAUUACCAUCAUUUGAUGAAACAGCAGAAAAUAUAGGUGCAGAACUCAAAGCUCCACUUAAGCAAGAACCUCUCCAAGUAAGAGUCAAAGCAGUUCUUAAGAAAAGGGACUAUGGAUCAAAGUACACUCAGAAUAAUUUCAUCACUGGAGUCAGAGCAAUAAAUGAGUUCUGCCUUAAGUCCAGUGAUCUAGAACAACUUCGAAAAAUCAGACGACGAAGUCCCCAUGAAGAUACUGAGUCCUUUACUGUGUACUUGAGAUCAGAUGUCGAGGCAAAAUCUUUGGAAGUUUGGGGAAGUCCUGAAGCUCUUGCCAGAGAGAAGAAACUGCGUAAGGAAGCAGAAAUAGAGUACAGGGAACGACUAUUUAGAAACCAAAAAAUAUUAAGAGAAUAUAGAGAUUUCUUGGGAAACACCCAGCCGCGCUCCAGAACGGCAUCAGUGUUCUUUAAGGGACCAGGAAAAGUGGUGAUGGUUGCCAUUUGCAUCAAUGGAUUAAACUGUUUCUUUAAAUUUCUUGCCUGGAUUUAUACGGGUUCAGCAAGUAUGUUCUCAGAAGCUAUACACUCAUUAUCUGAUACUUGUAAUCAGGGUUUACUAGCACUGGGCAUCAGUAAGUCUGUUCAGACACCAGAUCCUACUCAUCCGUAUGGAUUUUCAAAUAUGCGCUAUAUUUCUUCGCUAAUUAGUGGCGUUGGUAUUUUCAUGAUGGGGGCAGGACUAUCUUGGUACCAUGGAGUCAUGGGAUUGCUUCAUCCUCAACCAAUGGAAUCCCUUUUAUGGGCAUAUUGUAUUUUAGCAGGAUCAUUGGUCUCUGAAGGAGCAACACUUCUUGUUGCUGUAAAUGAACUUCGUAGGAGUGCUCGGGCCAAAGGAGUGUCAUUUUACAAAUAUGUAAUGGAAAGUCGUGAUCCUAGUACAAAUGUUAUAUUAUUGGAGGAUACUGCAGCAGUCUUGGGAGUGAUAAUAGCAGCUACUUGCAUGGGCCUUACUUCUAUAACAGGCAAUCCACUGUAUGACAGCCUUGGUUCUUUGGGUGUAGGCACCUUAUUAGGUGUGGUCUCAGCAUUCCUCAUCUAUACUAACACAGAAGCACUCUUAGGGCGAUCCAUCCAGCCAGAACAAGUACAACGACUUACUGAACUCCUGGAGAACGACCCAUCAGUAAGGGCAAUUCACGAUGUUAAAGCCACAGAUCUGGGAUUAGGUAAAGUAAGAUUUAAGGCAGAAGUAGAUUUUGAUGGACGAGUUGUUACAAGAUCAUAUUUGGAAAAACAAGAUUUUGACCAAAUGCUACAAGAAAUUCAAGAAGUGAAAACUCCUGAAGAACUAGAGACCUUUAUGCUUAAACAUGGAGAAAAUAUUAUUGAUACUUUAGGAGCUGAAGUAGAUAGACUUGAGAAGGAACUGAAAAAACGAAAUCCUGAGGUUCGCCAUGUAGAUUUGGAGAUACUGUAAAUUUGAUGGAAUCGAUCACCAUGGCAGGGGCCUUGGAAACAAGUUUGUGGAGCCACUCUACAAAGCCCGUUUCCUACUCUCACACUGAAGGAGUCUGCGCCAUUCAGAAGCUUUUCUUUUCCUUUUUUUAAGGUGGAGGAAAUAUUUUAAUGUAAAGAGCAAUUCAACAGGCCACAGAACUAAAACUACUUCUUCUAAGAGGCACAGUGCAAGUUGAAUCAAUUUGAAAAUCAUGUUUUUAUGCUUCCAUAGGGAACAUUUUGGUUAAUUAAAUUGUUCAUAAUUUC